UCGUUUUCUUCUUGUUCUUUAUUAAAUUAUGGCUAAAGCAAAAGCAAAACAAUCACUCCCACUUCACAAGAUCAUUAUGGUUGGUUCAGGUGGUGUGGGUAAAUCUGCAUUAACCUUACAAUACAUGUAUGGUGAUUUUGUUGAAGAAUACGAUCCCACAAAGGCUGAUUCUUAUCGUAAGAAGGUUGUGUUGGAUGGCCAAGAGUGCCAAAUCGACAUCUUAGAUACGGCAGGACAAGAAGAAUAUGCAGCUAUUCGUGAUAACUACUACAGAUCCGGUGAGGGUUUUCUUUGUGUGUUCUCCGUUUGCGAACAAGAAUCUCUUGAACAUACUCAAGAAUUCCGAGAUCAAAUAUUGAGAGUUUUAGAUGAUGAGACGAUCCCCUUUAUUCUUGUAGGUAACAAGGUCGAUUUAGCACAUUUACGUAAAGUACCUGCAACAGAAGCAAAUGCCUUGGCUAGCGAAUGGCGCUGUCCCUAUGUUGAAACAUCUGCAAAGACAAGACAAAACGUCGAAGAAGUUUACACAAAGUUAAUGAGACAAAUCAGAGACAGAAAAGCUAAGCAACAACAAUCGAGUAGCCCAGACAAGGAUUCUUGUUGCGUGAUUCUUUAAUUCCCCUAUUCUUUUUCAUUUCUCUUUUUUUUUGUACAUCAGUAUAAUUUGACAACUCAAAAAAAAAAAAAAAAAAAAAAA